CUAUGACCAUCAAAGAAUAUUUACUUGUUCAGUGAUAAUAAGAUUAUCUUUUCAGUAUGUCCGAAUAAAGAUAGAGAUCAAUAUAAAAUAAAAUAAAUAAAAAAAAAUGUGCAAAUGUGUUUUCAAAAAAUAACUGUCUAAUAACAUAAAUACAGUUCAAAGGAUUUAUUAUUAAGCGUAUCACAAUGUAUCGAAUAGUAAUUGUAUGCAUUAUAACUAUUGUAUUUAUCGAUUGUGCGGACGGUUUAAUUAAUGGUAAAUGGCUCGGAAAUGAUGCGGAGUACAAAGACGUAAUAACGAGUUUUGGAACUGUCAGAGGACGGGUGGCAACUGAUGGUGAUUAUUUCGCAUUCCUUGGUAUCCCGUAUGCGGAACCGCCAGUUGGUAAGAGAAGAUUCAAGGCACCAUUUCCACCAUCACCAUGGGACGGUGUUUACGAGGCCAAUAGAACAGUCAUGUGUCCACAGAAUGGAGUAGGUCAAGAAGAUUGUCUUAUCCUUAAUAUUUUUACACCCACUAAAAUCAUUAAUGAAUUAGUACCAGUUCUUGUUUAUAUACACGGAGGAUCUUUUCUGAUAGGAUCAGGGCCUACUAAAGGAAUGGAUUACUUAAUUAAAGAGAAUAUAAUCGUUGUAACAAUUAAUUAUAGACUUGGAGCACUAGGGUUCCUCUGCCUUGGAAUAGAUGAAGCUCCAGGUAACGCUGGAAUGAAGGACCAAGUGGCAGCUUUGGAGUGGAUAAAGAGAAAUAUAGCUAAUUUCGGUGGAGAUCCUAACGAAGUAACUAUAUACGGUAUGAGCGCUGGUGCAGCUUCUGUUGAGCUAUUGGUGUUAUCCAAAAUGAGUAGAGGAUUAUUUAAAAGAGCUAUAGUAGAAUCGGCCUCAGCAAGACCUGUAUGGGUUGUUGAUGGAAAUCCUAUAAAAACUGCAAUGGAUGUUGCAAGUCUAUUAGAAUUCCCGAAGAAAACAAAAAAUGUUUUUAAGUUGGUCGAACAUUACCAACAGAUACCGAGUAAUAAACUAAGUGAAAUUAAUUAUGCGUAUUACAAUAAUCUAAUAGACGGAACAUUUGGUUUCGUUCCAUGUAUAGAAAGGAACUUUAAUGAGAAACAACCAUUUUUAGUUGACGCUCCACAUGAAAUUUUAGUUAAAGAGAAAUUCAAAAAAGUUCCUAUUAUGUUCAUGUUUGCUACAAUGGAAGGCCUCUUUCUCAGAAGCCGUGAAUACUAUGAAAAUAACUAUAGAGAGAGAAUGGAUGGAAAUUUUAUUGAUUUUAUGCCAGCAGAUUUGAAUUUUGACACGAUCGAGAUAAAAAAUGAAAUAUCAGAAAACGUUAAGUCUUUCUACUUUGGUAAUAAGACAAUAUCAAAUGAAACUAUUGUGGAAUAUUUAAACUAUUUCGGAGACUAUCUAGUUCUAGAUGGUAUUUUGAAUUCUGCUGAGAUUCAUGCAAGAAAUAAUAACCCUGUGUAUUUAAUGGAGUUCGCAUAUAAAGGAAAUAUGGGUAGUAACGAGGAAUUUUAUAAAAAUAUCAAUGUUGCUGGUCAUGGCGAUAUAGUAAAGCACGCAAUUCUGAAUCAACCUCUUCAAAAUGAAGUUAAUGAGAAAGAUAAACUGACUGUGCAGAGAGUAUCAAAAUUAAUCGCUAAUUUUGUUAAAUUAGGCAACCCAACACCAACCCGAACUUCUCUGCUGCCUAUUAUCUGGCCGCUAGUUCAACCAAACAAUGUUAGUUGCCUAUACUUAAAUCAUGAUUUUGAAGUUAUUGAAGAGCCAUACUGGGAUAGGAAGGUAUUUUGGGACCAGCUAUACACCAAGUUCAGGAGACCACUGCGGCCAGUGAAUCCUGGUUUGCUAUGAAUGAGUUAAAUUGUGCAAAAAGAGAUUUAUUUUCUUGAUAUAUUAUUUAAUAAAUGUAUAGUCAUCAUAAUGAUUCAGCAGUUAGUAAAGUAAAAAAAAAAAAAAACUGAUAUAUUGUUUAAUUUGU